AUGUAUGAUGUGAGCUUGAUCUGUGAAGAAGACCUACUGACCACUAUCUUCUAUGCAUGUGACAUAGAACAUACAGGAAAAGUAGCAGUUUCCAAGAUAGUCGAUUAUUUGAGACAUACAACUAGUCGGGGAUCAGAAGAUAGCGGUCUUGAAGAGCUGUGCAACAUGCUUGACCCGGAUCAGAAAGAUGUCUCCAUGGACCUGGAAACAUAUCAUGCCAUCAUGAAAGAGUGGAUUGAAGACUGUAAGAGAAAAUGGGAAGAUGGUGCCACAGAGGAACCAAUAGCAAGCAUGGAAGACCUGGAAUUUAAAGUGCAUAGAAACACCUCUGAAGCAAAAAAGAUACAUGUCCAGAUGAAUGUUACAUCAGGAAGCUUGGAAGCCUUUGGGGGUGAUGUGUCUAAAGGAGACAUGGAGACUUCUGACUUGAUAACCUGUGUUGCGGACCUGCAGUACAACAACCAGAAGCUUCAGGAAGAGAACAACAAGCUGAAGCUCGCACUAGAAGCUGUGGAUGAGACCAACAAUAAGCUAUUGGCCGAUAAUGAGGAUCUACGUCAACAAAUAAAAAGCAUCCAGCAUUCUGUGCUGAAAGCCAAAUCACUGGGAGAAGAACUAGAAGAAGCAAAAACCAACCUGAACCUGUCAGAAGAGAAGAGACAGCAGAUUCUCUGCCAGAAUAAACAGCUAAAUAUUAGGAAUAGCAUGGACACCGAUGAACUGCAAAAGAAGAUUUUGGACCUGUCUAAAAAUGCAGCAGAGCUUCAAAUCCAAGCACAUAUCUAUGAGAGCACUGUGGUGAAUAAAGAGGCAAGCUUGAUCCAGAAGGAGCAGGACAUCAAAGAACUGAAGUUAACCAUUGUGGAGUGUUCCUCAAUCAUAGAGACUUUGCGGGCAGAAAAAAAGAAGUUACUGGAGAACAUGCAACACAUGCAGCAAGAGCUGAUCUCAAAUGGGUUGAGUUUCCCAUUGUUUUCUAAAUUUAACAGUAAUGUUCCUGAAGGGACGAAUUCACUGCACUGUGAACUGGAACUUGCUCAGUCUUCAGAGAUUACCAAGACUGAAUGGACAUCCCUGGAUGAAACACUGGACCGUGAAGUGCUGUUUUUACUUCAGGGACCUGAAUAUGCAGGAGAAAAAUUUAAGACUAUCAUGCAAAACCUGCAAGCGGAAGCUUCUGAAGCAGAGGAGCUUGUCAUGACUUCUUUACAAUGGGUAAAAGAUCCUGAUGUGAACAUGCAACAGGCUUGGGAAAGAAAACUUGUGGUUCUCAAGCAAGAACUAGGAGAAAAAAGACACCUUUGGAUGCAGAAACUUCAUCUCUUGGAAAAGUACAAAGAAUCCCUAGAUAAGGAUUUUAUUCGAAUGGCAGGCAACCUGAGGAGAACCAAGACAGAACAACUUCACCUAAGGAAGGAGCUCUCUGCCAGGCAACGUGAGAUAGAAACUGCCAAACAGUUACAAGAAGAAACUGCUGGCUGGGCAGAAGCCCUUGGUUUAGAGCUGCAAAAAGCUACAAAGCAGCUUGAAGAUGCCAGCAAACAGGCAGAGGAUCAAGUUGAAGCCUUUCACUCUGCUUGCGAGGAAGCCGCAUCCUUUAAAUGCAAGUUAGAGGAAGCCAUUUCUGAGCAGCAAAAACUCAAGCAUGUGAAUGCAGCUUUAACAAGCACUUGCCAGUUGCUUCAAGAAAAGGUGGAAGACCAGAAAAAGAUCUGCAACUAUGGCAUCUGGGCUGAGAACCAGUGCUGUGCAGAGUUGGAAUGUGACUACAGUCUGCUGCCUGCAUCAGCUGAGCCAGUAAAAGGGAAGCAGCUCCGUCGUUCUAAACGACUGUGGAGCGAAGGACCCGCCUCGUGCAUUGAACUUCGCAGGACGCUGCACUCGGAUAUUUCAUACUGGCGUAGCACACCUCUGCUAGGCUGCCUUGUUAUGGAGGAAAAAUCACCCAAGUGUUCACGUGAAAAAGAGGAAGAUGUGCCAACUUCCACAGCAAUGGAGAAAGACAGCAAUAAGGAUCCAGCUGGUCCUGUAUCAGGAGCGGAUCUGACUGCGAAGGAAUCCUGCCCUGUGACGGAAGAACACAAAACUGCAUUUCAAAACGUCUUAAAGCAAGGCCUGGAGGUAGACCAGGAAAAGAAAAAUAAUCAAGAGCAGAGCAAGGAAGCACCAGCUCCGGUUCCGAGUAGGAAAGGGAGUUCACCCACUGCAGGUGGCAUAAAAGGAGAUAAAACAAAGCAAAAUGAGCCCGACUCUCCUAAUGAGAAAGAAGUGGAGGCUGAAUUUCUGAGGUUGUCUUUAGGUUUUAAAUGUGACUUGUUUACCUUGGACAAGAGAGUGAGGCUUGAAGAAAGGUCCCGAGACUUGGCUGAAGAAAAUUUGAAAAAGGAGAUCACAAAUGCUCUAAAGAUGUUAGAGGCUUUAGUUCCUUUGUGUGAAGAGGAUAACCAAGCACAGGAGAUUAUUAAGAAGUUGCAGAAAAGCUUGCAGUUCCUUAGCCAGUAUGCAGCCCGAGUCGCCAGUAAAGCAGAGAUGUUGGGAGCUAUUAAUCAGGAAAGCCGUGUCAGCAAGGCUGUGGAAGUAAUGAUUCAACAUGUGGAAAACCUGAAGCGCAUGUACGCAAAAGAACACGCAGAACUUGAGGAGCUGAAACAGGUCCUGCUCCAGAAUGAGAGAUCUUUUAGUUCUCUUGGAGAUCGAGAUGAAUCUGCAAAUAAAAAGCUGCCAAAUUCUUUUAAGGUAAUGCCCUCAUCAUCCCUACGAAGAGUUAGCAUUGCAACACUGCCUAGGAGCACUGGAAAUGCAGGCGUUGGGUUGCCGCUGGCCCAGUUCCAUGAACCUGAUAGAGAUGAAUGGAAUGAUAAAUUCAACAGGAGAUCAAGCAGUUGGGGGCGACUAGGAGCAAAGCAAAAUGAGAAGCGUCCUUCACUACAGCGGUUCAUUAGCACGUAUUCCUGGGCAGAGUAUGAAGACGAACAUGCUGAAACAAAACACGAGCAGUCGGAAUCACCUGCAGAAGUACAAGAAACACCAUCCAGGAAGGAAAGUGUCUCUGAAAAAGGAAAAUAUUCAUCAAAAUGGAACCUAGAGUCAGUGUGCAAUCUAAUGUCAUCAUGGGCAUCCCAUUUCAAGACUUCCUUUUCCAAUGCUAACAAAACUCUCUGGGUUUCUGUUUCCAUCCUGGUACUGCUUGCUGCUCUUACGAGCUUCCUCACUGGGCUGUCUCUUCAAAGACCAGCCGACGCAGCGCCUGUAGGAACUGGGGACUCCUGGACUUCACUACAGCAACUGUUGUGGCCAUAUACAGGACUUCAACACAACGGACCACCCCCAGUAUAA